UGGGCAGGCCCUGGGCCCCUCCGAAUUCCCGGUGUCAGGGUCUCCCUCCUGCUGUCCUGGAGCCCCGGCUGUGGAGGCCACGGCAGCUGGCUGGCCUACGCGUAUCUUCCUCCUUCCACUGGUAUGAGUUGCCCCUCGUCUGGGAGGCCGGCGGACCCUUCCUGAGGGCCCGGCGGUGGCUCCUGAGGUGGCCUCCCUCCCCUCCCCACUGGCUGGGUGGGGGUGGGAAGGGGGCGGGCGCAGCCGGCUGAGCCCCGAUGAUUUCCUGCCCUCACCCGGCGCUCACCACAGCUUCCUGCCACAGGCAGGCGGGCGCUGAGGAGAGGCGGGCGCAGAGCCGAGGGGCAGGUAGGGCUGGCGCACAGGGGCUGUGUAGGGGUGGCUGGUGCCCCAGACUCCAGCCCAGGCCCUGGCCCGACCGCCCCGGGAUCGCGGGUCUUCCAGAGCCAGCACGGACACCCACUCUGCCCGGAGAGGGGAGGGGACCCAGGGAGCCCCCAGGGAGGGCACCUCUGCCCCCCACCAGCCUCCCAGCCUGGUGCCCGCUCGGCCCCUGUACCCUUGCCGGCCUGGCCCCUGCCCUGCUGCUGCUCUGUCCCAAAGGGGUGUGCAGUGAGCAGCCAGGCCUGGUCCAAGCUCUCUCCUGCAGAUGGAGGCGGUCAGCCUGGUGCCCGUCGUGCUGGGCCUCCUGCUGCUGCCUGUCCUGGCUGUGCUGCUGAUGGCCUUGUGUGUGCGUUGCCGGGAGCUGCCAGGCUCAUAUGACGCUGCUGCCUGCGAUAGUUUGACCCCAAGUAGCAUUGUGAUCAAACCACCACCCACACUCGCCCCCUGGCCACCAGCCACUUCCUACCCGCCUGUGACCUACCCUCUCCAGAGCCAGCCAGACCUGCUUCCCAUCCCGAGAUCCCCGCAGCCCCCCGGAGGCUCACACCGCAUGCCGUCUUCCCGGCAGGACUCAGAUGGCGCCAACAGUGUGGCCAGCUACGAGAACGAGGGUGCGUCUGGGACCCCCGCAGCCCUGGCUGGGAGGAGGCUGGGGCCUGUCCCGGCCUCUGCUGACCCUGUGUCGUCACCCCCAGAGGCAGCCUGCGAGGAUGCGGAUGACGACGAGGAUGAGGAGGACUACCACAACGGCCGCUACCUGGUGGUGCUCCCUGACAGUGCCCCGGCCACCGGCGCCGCGGCCCCGCCGGCUCCCGUGUCCGGCAGCCCCGGCCCACGAGACAGCGCCUUCUCCAUGGAGUCGGGGGAAGAUUAUGUGAACGUGCCUGAGAGUGAGGAGAGUGCAGACGCGUCUCUGGAUGGGAGCCGGGAGUACGUGAACGUGUCUCAGGACCUACAGCCCGUGGCCAGGACCAAGGCUGCCCCCCGGAGUUCCCAGGAGGCGGAGGAGGAGGAGACUCCAGAUUACGAGAAUCUGCAGCUAAACUGAAGGCCUGCGCGAGGCCGUGCCUGUCUGGAGCCAGCCUUGCCCGGGGGUGCGGAGCGGGGCAGCUGGCCGUGGCCCUGUGCAGCCGCACGUGGCGCCCUGCCCCGGCUCUGGCCUGACGACAGCCUGAGAACUUUCCCCCUAACUUAUUGUCACUUUGGGGUCUAGUCUGUGUGGCCCCGAACUCUGCACCUUCUGACACAGCCUGAGAAUGAACCCCCCUGACCCCAGCCCUACUCUGUAACAGAAUAAAGGCUGGUGUGGUCUGUAGUGUUCUUGGCUUUGGGGGCCCAGGGGGUGAGAGUGAGGGUGAGGGUUGGCUGUGUCUGAGGUCCUGAGUGUGUGUGUGUGUUGUGUGUGUGUGUGUGUGUUUCUGGGGGUCUCCAUCCUCAGGCCCUCCUGGGGGUCCUGACCAGGUAUGUGCGAGUGACUGAACGAAGCCUGGGGCACGUCACCUUCUGAGUGAGGCAGUCCUGACUCUGGCUGGCCCCUCUGGGGCUCAGACGUGUCUCCCCAGGAGACAGUCCUUACAAGAGGCAGACGAUGGCCGUGGCAAUGGGGGAACAGGACGUGGGGAAGCACUGGGUGGGUGUCCAGAGCAAGACCCUUCCCCGCUGGCCUCUUGCUUCUCCGUUUUUAAAACAAGGGGGUGGACUUGAUGACCUCAGAGGGCUUUCUUAAUUCUUACUUUUUGUGGUUCUUAAUAAGACAGAACUUUAAAAAUUGUCUAAGCAACUGAAAAAGUUAACGGGCAGCGCAGUCCUCUUCAGGCUUGACGUACAGAUGACUCACCUGGGGGUUUUGUGAAAAUGCAGAUUCUGAUUCAGUCGAUCUGGGACAUAGCAUUUCUAAGGAGCUCCCAAGUGGUUCUACUGCUGCUCCGAGACCCACCCCACCCCCGCCGAGUAGCAGGAUCUGGUGGACACCCUGGUGGUUGUGACUGGCUCCCAUGCGGGCAUGUGACAGUCUGGCCAGAGUGCGGCCCAGCGCUGGACGUGGUCAGGAAGUGUCAGGAAGGAGAAGCUUUUUUGUUCACGGCAGUCGUGGAGCUGGGAGAACGUGGUCCUGGAGCCCCUACUUGGAGAACCUCCCUAGAAUGAAGCCAGCGUGGAGGAGAGAAGGCCCAGAUGUGGGCAGGGCUGGCUUCCUGGUGGUAUCAGAACGCCUGGAUCCAGUCACACCUGAGGCAAGGCACCCCCUCAGAUUUCCAGUUACGUGGGCCAAUAAACGACCAGUUUUCUUCAGCCGGCUUGAUUUGGGGUUUCUGUUGCACACAGCCAGGGUAGUCCUGCGUGAGAUGCAAAGUCGUUGGCAUCCUCUGGUCUGCAAAGGUAACUCCUAGAGGCCACUCCUCUAGGAAGCACCUGCUGCAUCUCCAUCCUUAUUUAAUCAUCGUUACAGCCCUGUUGUCAGUUACUGUGUGUAUAUCCCCAUUUUUCAGGCGAGGAAGCACAGGCUCAGAGAGGAA